UCUUGCGAAUUCCAUCUUGCGAAUUCCGCGUGUUGCGAGUAGCAAGCUGGAAGUGGCACAGUGGCAGGCUUGGUGGGCCAUUCCACAGUUUUCUGCUACUGGGUAUUUUCUUAUCGAUAGCUCACUUUUUUUUUCUGGAUAUUGUCUGCUCAUCCACCCCGCGCCAUUCUCCAACCCAACGUUUUGCAGCAGUGAUAUACCUCGCGCGCGCUUGAUUGAAAACAUGGCGACUCAAUUUCCGCCCCCGUCGAAGCGUCAAAAGCGCGAAGCCCUGGAAACGACCCGCACACAGACGGCGCCUGUAACAAUCCCAGAUGGCAGCAUACGCAUCCGAUUUGUGGAUCAAUCUACUGGCACCUCUUCCGAUCUGCCUGUUCUCACGGUCCCCCUUUCGCAAGCUACAACCUCGAACCUCAACCUCCUACUGAACGAACUAAAGGACCAGUCUGACGACCGAAUCCCGUACCGCUUUUACCACUCGAGCUCCACCGAGGCGCUAGGCGACAAAGAAGAUGUAUGGACUAGUCUAGUGAAGCCUGGAAAGGUUACGAGUGAAGAGGAGGUUGUGCUACAGUACGCGCCACAGGCAGUCUUUCGGGUCAAGGCAGUCAGUCGAUGCGCAGCAGCUGUUAGCGGACACGGUGACAAUAUUCUUGCUGUGCAGUUUUCACCCAAAGAUUCUGGCAGAAUGGCAAGUGGGAGCGGUGACAAGACGGUUCGGAUAUGGGAUUGUGAUACCGGGACCCCAGCCCACACUCUCAAGGGACAUUCUCGGUGGGUGCUCGCAGUGAGCUACUCACCGGAUGGGUCGUUUCUGGCCUCGGGAGGUUAUGACAACGAAGUCAGAAUAUGGGAUCCGGAGAAGGGAACACAAGUAGGCGGUGCGUUGAAGGGGCACACGAACUUUAUAACAAGUCUUUGCUGGGAACCAUUCCACUUGCAGCAGCAGGGACGACCGCGCGUGGCUUCGUCGAGUAAAGAUGGCACAGCCCGCAUCUGGGAUGCCGUAAGCGGACGUCAAGAUUUUGCAUUGACGGGUCACAAGAGCAGCGUAACGUGCGUGAAAUGGGGUGGGACAGGUCGCAUCUACACAUCCUCACACGACAAGAGCAUAAAGGUGUGGGAUAGUACAACUGGCACGCUCGUGCAUACCCUAUCUGGUCACGCGCAUUGGGUGAACCACCUCGCCCUCUCGACGGACUUUGUGCUCCGAACUGCCUACCACGAUCAUACACGAAAGGCUCCCGCGUCCCCCGAGGACAAGCUUGCCAAAGCGCGGAGCCGGUUCGAGAAGGCGGCGACCAUCAACGGCGAGGUAGUGGAACGCCUGGCCACAGCAUCAGAAGACUGUACCAUAUUCCUUUGGACGCCGCUCUCCAGCCCGAAGCCAGUCACACGCAUGACGGGUCAUCAGAAACAGAUCAACCAGGUGUGCUUCUCGCCCGAUGGCACGCUGCUAGCAUCUACGGCAUGGGACAAUCAUGUCAAACUGUGGUCGGCGCGGGAUGGCAAGUUUCUGUUUACAUUGAGGGCGCACGUGGGGCCAGUGUAUAUGGCGAGUUUCUCGGCAGACAGUCGGCUACUGGCAAGCUGCAGCAAGGACACGACGUUGAAGGUAUGGGACAUGCGAACUGGCAAACUCAAGGAAGACUUGCCAGGGCACAAGGACCAAGUCUUUGCGCUAGACUGGAGUCCCGACGGGGAGAAAGUGGGGAGCGGAGGAGCAGACAAGCAGGUCAGAAUCUGGAGGAAUUGAGAAGGUGCAUUCUUGUGCAGCUU